UUCUAGGAAGCCAUCAUAGAAUUUGUGACAGUACAUUGGCCUUUUUGUUUCUUUAGUGGAAAUAAUAAAACUCAUUUUAUUCACUUUGACUUGUAUUACCCUAGCAUGCCAAAAUUGGGUAUAGUUUAUGACAUUCAAAUCAUGUCCAUGAUCAUAUGUAUACUUAUUAUAUAUAUUGCCUAGGCCAAUUUGAAUUCUAACUCUAGUUUUUCUUUUUUCCUUUCUAGACUCUUUGUAUUGGUGGUUUGUGUUUUGGUCAGUGUAGCUUGUCAUGUCUAAUAGUAAAGAUGAUAAUGAACUUAGAAAGGGACCAUGGACUCUUGAAGAGGAUGAUCUUCUCAUUAAACACAUUGCUAAUCAUGGUGAAGGGAGAUGGAAUUUCUUGGCUAUGAGUUCAGGAUUAAGGAGAACAGGAAAGAGCUGCAGAUUAAGAUGGCUAAAUUAUUUAAAUCCAAAUAUAAAGAGAGGAAACUUAACUUUAGAAGAGAAACUUUUGAUUUUUGAACUUCACUCGAAGUGGGGCAACAAGUGGUCAAAGAUUGCACAAAACUUGCCAGGAAGAACGGACAAUGAAAUAAAGAACUAUUGGAGAACUCGGAUUCAAAAACAAGCAAGACAUUUGAAAGUUGACACAAAUGGAAGAGGAUUUCUAGAAAUUGUUAAUCCUUUAAGAAUAACAAGUCAUCAAAAAUCAAAAGAAUCAUUCUCUUCAACCAUCCAAGAUCAAUCAAUUCCUUUGCCACUUGAUGGUGUUUCUCAUUAUUCAUCAAUUGAGACAAUACAAACACUAGUCCCUUAUUUGGAUUAUCAUGAGAUAAACUCAGAUUCUGAGCAUAACAAUGGUUUAUGCAUGUCCUCUUCAGAAUCAACAAAUAUGCCAAAUAUAACUCAGCCUUUGGAAUACACUACUAGUCAAUUUCAGUCCUUGGAUAAUAAUGAGUAUGAUAUAUGUUCAUAUGAUGGUUACCACAUAAAUAACAAUUCCUUAAACUUGAAAAGCACAAUGAUUGCUGAGGAUGUGGAAUACCAAAUGGGGGAUUUCAAUAUAUUAGAAAGCAAUUGGCUAGACAAAGAAUUUGCAUGUACUAGCACAUGGGACUUGAAUGAAUUGUUGCAAGUUAGGAGUACUCAAAUGUGAUACAAUCUAGUUUUUUUUUUUUUUUUUUUAAGAAUCACUCAAAAACUAUAUUGUAUGAUGUUGUUUGUUGCUACAUUUGUCCUAGAUAUUGAACUCAAUUUAAUGAUUA